AUGGUGGAGAGUCUGGUUCCUUCCGAGAAGUCCGGAAAGAUGUCCGGAAAUGCGGCAGAUCUCGAUCCGGAUCUCCUCAGAGGAUUCCCCUUUCGCUCAUGCCUGGGUGGCACGGGUGGGCAUUGGUGCCAUCCGGACAGCCCGUGGAGACCGAGCACGAGCACGCAGAGAGUGAAGCAGUAUGAUGUCUUUUUCAGCCAUGAGUGGCAGACUGGGCGCUGGAGCAAGCAUUUGUCGCUGCUGGUGACCUUCAAUGGCUUGCCUGCUGCAAUAGCAGGGUUCGUAUCAAGCCUUGCGAUGGGUGCGUUUUCACUUCUGGGAGUUCUGCCCAAGUCUUACCGGCCUUGGCUGCCUGUUUGGGGCUACACGGUGUCCUUGGCCGUUUUCUUCUUCUGGCAGCAUUUGCGGCAACUCUUCGUUGGGCCCAAGAUUGCAUUCAUUGACAGCGUUUGCAUACCGCAGGAUGAUGAGGUGCUGAAGGCACGAUGCAUCCAAGGAUUGGGUACCUUCCUGGAGAGGUCCGAGCAGCUGGUUGUUCUAUGGUCGCCGAACUAUUUUCGUAGAGUUUGGUGCUCAUAUGAGCUAGGAUUCUUCUUGCUGGAGAAGGGCCAAGCCAACAUGAUUCAGUUUGUGCCUGUUCAGAUCGGACACAUUUGCGCAUGUCUGUUCCUUGGUCUAUCGCUUUUUCAGGUGACGGUGCAUGUAGUACCACGGCUGGGUUUUGGACCAGGGGAUCUACUGGUGGUGAUCAGUGUUGUUGCUGCCGUGUUGCUGCUACUUGGAAUUCUGGUAUUUCCGGUUCUGUGGUACACCCUGACGGACAUGCUCAGGGACCUGUCGCAGCUGCCGAGACAGGUCUGCGAGUUUCGCGUGCAGGACGCUGAGUGCACGUGUUGCACGCAACAACACCGCCACCCUGUGACACAUGCGCCCAUUGCUUGCGACCGAGAGCUCAUCUACAAGUCUUUGCGAAGUACGUUCGUACCUUCCGGCAGCGAGCAGAUGAAGGAGGAAGCAGCUCUCGAUGCAUUCAACGGCUAUGUUCGUGAGACACUCGCUCGUUCCAUCGACCGAAAUUUCAGGCAUCAGAACAUGAUUUUGAGGCAUGCGCUGGUGACCUGUGCUAUCUCUUGUGGGCCAUGGGCAUCCAUGAGUUUGGCGGCUGCUGCAGACUUCUCUCAAGGAGAAGAGACGGUCGCAUGGCUUGGCGGAUACCUGUAUGGCGACCUCGUACUUUUUUGCUUGAUGCGCAUCUGCCUGCUGAUCGGAUAUUUCGGUGUGUCUCGGAUGGGGCGUUACCCACGCCCAGUGAUCGUCUUGGGUCAGGUGGCCAUGUUGAGCGUCGCUGCUGCCUCAAUGCUUUUGCCCUGGCCCUUGGCCUUAGCUUUUUCUGGGUCUGGGGGGUACCCUUGGCUAUGGCCCAGUGUUCUGGCUGCAGUGGGCUGCAUCAGCGGCUGCUUGCUUCGGCCGGCUUUCAUUGCCCAAUCUACACCUGUCUUGCAGCGAGACAUGCCAAGCACAACCUACGGAAGUGAGACAGGGCCAGGGCAUUCCGGCACUGGCGAUGAAGAUGAAGAGCCAACCUUCGAGGUCUAG